GAAAGUUGCAGCUAGAGAAGCAACCACAACCCAGGAGGAGACGAAGACGAAGGAUUUUCUCGAAGGUCAGGAGUAAGCACGGACUCUCUGACCAGUAAGCACGGUUCGGAAAAUGUAUUUGUAACUGAUAAAUCAAAACAUGUUUCCCAAAACCCACGUGCCGAGAAAUACGCUAAGCCACAUUCAGCAGAAUGGUUGGCUCGACGAAUUAAAGACCAGAAAGAAGAAAGAGCCAAAGCAUUGGUUCGGAACUGGGCCUCACCCCAGUGUUACCCACACAUCACGACGGAUACAAUCAAUCUACUCAAGCAACACGAUGAAGAGUAUAUCGUAGAGCAAUUGAAUGUGAUCAAAGACUUCGCAUCCCUCCCCCCAUCUCAUCAACGCAAACUCUCGCUACAAUGUCAAUUAUCCACUAUCGACGAUCACCAGACGCAUGUCAUUCCAGUUUUGAUAGAUUCAGGAUGCACAGAUUCUAUCAUUGACGAAGCCUUUGUU